CACCGUACUGCCCAGCCCAAGAGGUAAUACUUUAUCUUUCUCUCUGUCUUCUGUCUUAGAUUUGAUUGAUUACUUUCGAAUGCGGUUUUCGUAAUAAUCGUUUCUCUUUAUUUUAUGGUCCACAUUCGUAUUGGUGUAAAUGUGAGUAUUCCUGCUGUGACUAUCAAAUUUUCCUCAAGGACUAAACGAAAUAUCCAUGUAUUUAUCCGAGAGAACAGCUACCGUACAUAGCUAGCCAGUUUUAGGUUUUCGGUGCUUGCCUUUCAAAAUUAAACGCUUAUCAACAUAAAAGACGAACGAAAGAGAAAGUAGACGCUGCAGCGUUACCUGCAAGUCACGUGAUUUAGCAUAAAGCGACCGAGUGCUCUGACAGCUCCUCCUCCUCGACGUCCUGCUUCUCCCGGUAGAGUUAAAGCGAAAGUAAAACAUGUUUACAGUGGGGUCCAGUUGCAAGCUGCAACAGUCCUCUGCACCUUUACACUUCCUCGCCUUCCGUCAAACAAGGGAUCGAAUCAGGAAGCAGGAAGCUCUCCUCAGUCAAUGCCAACUCGAAGCGCCAUGGUGCCGCAAAGCGGACCUAGCGGGUGAUGGUGCCCGGAGCCGACGUUCUGCAGGCGGCGGACGGGGGAAGAAAUGGUGCAAUAUGUGGUCUUCCAGCCGAGGUUUCCCUCAGAUAGGAUGGUUAGAGAUAAGCCUAACAGAACAAUAAGAAAGAAAAAGAAUGCAAACCAACAGAAGCAGAGUCCAGCUUCUGACGAGCCUGCGACACCUCAAGAAGUCCAGAGUACGGAACAGAACCAGGACAUCGCAGAGAAGCCGCUGGAAACGCUGCACUGGAGCCAGCGACACAGUCUACACCUCUCAGAUCAACAACUUGAAACCUGGUGUCAGAGUGGAGCGGACGCGGCCAAUUUGCCAACUCACCUGCGUUCGUUCAGCAGCCCGGAAGAGUACAAACUGGUGAAGCGCACUCACCAGCAGCUCCAGCACAGCUCCUACUACUGGGGAGCAAUGAACAUGGAGGAGGCGCACAAAAUGCUCAGGCUGGCAUCACCGGGCGCCUUUCUCAUCCGAGACAGCGGGCAGCCGGACGUGUUCUUCACCCUGAGCUACUACAGCGAAGAUGGGCCAACGAGCGUCCGCGUACUGCUCCGAAAGUUGCUCUUCGCUCUCUGCGGGAGCCAAAAGACUUUCGCCUCCCUCUUUGAUCUGCUGGCUUACUACAGGAGUCCGUUGUGCAAACUGACUGCGCCGUAUCGCCAGCAACGGCCCGAGCGCCUCAAGCAGAUUUGCAGGAGGGCGAUGGUACACAUGUAUGGAGCCGAGAACAUAAGAAAUUUAGCAGGACUCAGUUGUGAGGUGAAAGACUACGUUCUUGCCUAUCCUUACUCGAUAUAGGGCGAAUGUGGUGUGUGUGUGUGUGUGUGUGUGUGUGUGUGUGUGUGUGUCGUCCAUCUUGUUUGAGGUUUGAGUCAUAGAUGAAAGAGGAGAAAAUCUAUUUAUCCAAGUUCUGGACCGAACCGAAUAAUGUUUUUGGAUUUCAGAAAUGCAGGCUCAUUCAAAGUGCGACAACAAAAAUGAUUUAUUUCCAGAAAAAUGCACCGACAAAGUACGAACAGAAAUCCCUGAUCACAUGGAGCCAAGUGAAGCCAUGCAUAAAGCAAAGCGCUUGCACAAGACAACACCAAGAAUAAACAAAAGGAAAUGUCAAGAAGCCAAUGACUCGAAGCUAAAGAUCAAGAUUAAUAAGAAAAAAAAAUCAAAUCAAAUGAAAACCGAUGAAUAACGAGAGCGACUAUGGAGAGUAUCGAGGGGUCGAGAAAACAACACUUGAAGCACAACAGCGAGAGAGGUCAAUAAUCCGACAAGAGACGAGGCAGCCUGGCAGUUCUGAAAUAUAAGGCAGGCUUGAUUGGUAACCUCAGAACAAGUGUGCCUGCUAGAGGGAAACGCCCUUCACUCCAGCUGGGGCUGAAAACAAAACAGACAUGACACCAUCCGUCCAUCCAUCCACAGCUCAACACAGCCAAGAAAAAGUCCAAUAAACACCUUGGUCAAGAUCGAGUGCA